GUUCAAUCCCUGGCCACAACUAUCUACUUAUCUACUUGGAUCCGGAUGCAGAACAUCUGGACAACACAUCCCAGAGAGCCUUUAAGACGGAGGAAACAUUGAGAAGUUCCACAGAGUUUGACUUCAGGAUGAGCUCAGCACAUGUUCUGCAGGCUCUGUGCCUGCUGAUGGUUUUCUCCACAGUCAGAGCUCAGCACAGCUACACGUAUGAAACCGGUGAGGAGUGGGUGAAUACCUGGCGCCAGGGCUUCAACUUUCAGUGUCCCCACGGUGAGGUCUUAGUAGCAAUCAGGAGUUACUUCAGUGAGAAAGAGGGCUCGGACCGCCUGUGGAACUUUGAGUGCCAGAGGACUCCCUACGACUGGGGAGAGCCCAACGAAUGCUGGUGGGACGAUAUCAACAGAGCCGGGCUGGAAUGGUCCUCAGUUUGCACUAACAAUGGGCUGGUUGCUGGUGUGCAAAGUAAGUACUUUGAAGCGGUUCUGGAUCGAGAAUGGCAAUUCUACUGCUGUCGAUAUGCCCGCAGGUGCCCUUAUUCCUGCUGGAAGACGAGUGAUGUUCCAGAGUACUACAAAGAAGAGGGGGAGAUGGUAAUCCCCAGUUAUGGCUACUUCAUAAGGGGGGCUCAAACUACUUUCAGUGGUGUACUGAGGGAUCGGCAGUGGAAGUACAUCUUGUGCCGAAUGACAGACUUUGAUUGUCAGUUUGAAAACUUCUAGGCUGCAUGCAUCACUUAAUGUAACCUAAAAGAGCACAUGUACGUCACCACAUAAGCACUUAGAAUAGCACUCACAGAAAAUAUAUGCCAUACUCCAUUUUUAAAUUAGCUUUAUAACUUACAAAUGUUUGGUUUGCUCUGUAAAAACCUGCAUGGAUUGCCAUGUUCUCAUAUUUUGCCGUCAUUUAUGCCAUUUCCAUCUUUACAAAUAUUUUGUAAUCAUUUUUAAAAUGUAAAGGACAAAAGAAUUUUUUUAUAUUUUUGUGUAUUAUUAAUAAGCUGCACAUGCAUUUAUGUAAUAAACCAUGUAAUAAACAGCAUGAAGUUAACAAUAGUUUGAACACUUUGAGUAUCAAUCAACACUUAAAGUAUAUAGCAGCAUUUUUGCUUACUAAUAUGAAUUUAACUAUGAUCUCCAAUGCCUUUUUGAAUGGUUUUUGAAAAAGUCUAAAAUCUUUAUUUUGGUUUAUUUCUUUUUUUAUCUAAUUCUCAAAUACUCACAUGGAGUAACAAAACAUACUGAAUUCUUUGGAAAAAUGGGUAGAACUAAUAAAGCAAAGAUUUCUCCCACAUCUGCUUGUUUUUAUUUUAUUUUUUUGCAUUGUGCAACACACAAUGGCUGUUUACCUCUUCAUCCUUUCUCCAUCUGUUUUCUGCUUUGCUUUAACAAGUGACUUAUUUCACCAACCUUAUUGAGUGGACAUGGCCAGAUUACAUCUGAUCUCUCUGUAUGUGUAUGUAUGUGUACAGAUGUGUUUUUGGGUGUCCAUAAAUACUGAUUACAUUAAUGACUCAUAAGAGUCCUUAAUUCAGGAAUCAGACAACUUAGGUUGUGCUGUUUUCGAAGAAGAACCUACUCAUAAGGGUGAUUUGUUAGUGAAUCGGAUAACACUUUUUGUGCUGUAUGUGUUUGCAUGAAGCCCUGAGGAAAAAGUAGAAAUUUCCUGCUGUUUUGUCAUAGUAUGUGGUAUGUUUUGCAUCACAUCCAAUCCAGACUGCACAUUCACAAUUCAUAUACACAAAUAUGACUUUU